AUGGAAGUACAUCCAACCGAUACUCCAGCCGACACUCAGUUCGAAGCAAACCUCAAAUUGGAACCAUGUGAAGAUGAACCAGAGGUCAACAUGGAAGUCUUUCAACGUUUAGUUGGUAACUCGGCAGCAGUGGCGUGUCUUCUUGGUGUUAAGGUAGGGAGCUCAGUCACAACUUCACUGUCAAAGGGCGACGCGGUCCUGUUGCAGGUGUUCAUGCGUUGGUACGCAGCUGGGUUCGGAUGGUCUUCGGGUCCUCUGAGCUUCUUGGUCCCAAGUGAGAUUUUUCCACUGGAAAUUCGCCCCACCGGUCAAAGCAUAAACACGGCGGUCAACUUUGCCACCACAUUAGUCGCUGCAUUCUUGCCGGAGACCAAGGGAGUGCUACUGGAGGCCAUGGACAGAGUGUGGGAGAAGCACUGGCACUGGCACUGGAGACGGUUUGUGGUGCCGGACCCAGCACCAUCCACAAGUGAACACGCGGCCAAUGAUGUUUGA